GUUACAUUUACUUAAGUAACUUUUUGGAUAAACUGUACUUGUCAGAGUAGUUUUAAUGCAACAUACUUUUUACUUUUACUUGAGUAUUUUUGUGAAGAAGAAAUGCUACUUUUACUCCGUUACAUUGAUUUACAUUCUGCUCGCUACCUUUAUUUUUAUCUAUCAAUUACUGCUCGCACGACCUAUUUGUUUUGGUUUGUCAGAGAGACUUCUGCCUCGGGCACUGUCACAUGACUCUGUUUCACCAAUCAAACGGAGCCAGGCAGUCACAUGACUGCACACAAAAUCUCCGCGGCACCCGGCGGCACCACACAGAGGCAGAGUAUGGCAGAAACAAUGGAGGAAACGACGGCAGACGACUCGCAGUCAGAAGAGGUCGAACACCCCUGGCCUCACAUACAAUCUAUGUUCACCUUACAGACUACUAAGAAGAACAGCUAUAUCAUGCGCUGUCAUCUGUGUCUACCUAAAAAUGUCGACAUUUCAGCCUACAAGAACUCCACUUCAAACUUGAGAAAACACGUUGUGAGGGUCCAUCCAAACAAACUGAAUAAGUACACAGACUUAAUGGAGUCCAACAGAAAGCGAAAGUCCUCCUCCUCCUCUGAUGAUGAACCUCCUCUAAAGAAUGUGAAAAUCACAAAUUCCCUUGCUGUCCCACCACGGCGGGUAACACAGGCAACAUUUGACAAGCUUGUGCUAAAUUUUGUAUGUGAAGCCAACCAACCAUUUUCUGUGGUUGAGACACCAUCCUUCAAGAACAUGAUAGAAACCUUGCAACCUCAUUGUACAGUUAUGACAAGGAAAACACUAUGCUGUAGAAUACAGGAAGCUGCAAAGAACAUGAAGAGCAUAAUCAUCAAGAAGUUGAGCGCUGUGAGCCAUGUUGCUACCACAACAGACUGCUGGUCUGCCAGACAACGUAGUUACUUAGGUGUCACCUGCCAUUGGAUAGACCACAACUCUCUCGAGAGGCAUUCCGCUGCAUUGGCUUGUAGACGUGUCAAAGGCUCACACACAUUUGAUGUCCUUGCUGCAGCAUUAGAGGAAAUACAUUCGGAGUACCACAUAAGGGAAAAAGUCACCAGGACGACAACAGACAGUGGCUCAAACUUCCUGAAGGCCUUUCGAUUAUAUAGUGUGGAGGAGAAAGAGGACAAAGUAGCUGAUGGACAGGAGGAGAGGGACUCCAUCCUUGAUGAUGUAUCAGAAGACGAAAGUGAGUUCGAGGUAGAGCAUCAAGAUGUGUCUGCUAUUUUGAAUGACGACACCGGCCUUGAGUACCAGCUUCCAAAGCACCACAAGUGUGCAUGCCAUCUCCUCAAUCUCAUCUCAACAGUUGACACCACUGCUGCAGGAGCUGGCAGCGAAACAUACAAGAGGCUGUCUCGGUCUGCCUUUGCAAAAUGUAAUGCCCUCUGGAACAAAACCAGCAGGUCAAUCACUGCAUUUGAAACAGUGGAACGUGAAUGCAAAUUGCAGUUCCUCCGACCCAAUCAGACCCGUUGGAGCUCUUUGUUCCUUGCUGUAGAAAGGGUUGUGCGCAUCCAAAAGGAGCAGGGAGAAAAAGCAAUCCGCAAUGUGUGCACAGCAUUGAAGAUAAAGAUGCUCAAUCCAGCUGAAAUGGGAUAUUUGGCUGAGUAUGCUGCUGUAAUGAAGCCUGUUGCCAUGGCCCUUAACAUCCUCCAAGGGGAGUCAUCUGUGCAUAUGGGCUUCCUGCUGCCAACACUUCACCAGUUGCAGGACAAGCUGAAGAAGCUGGAGUCAACUUGCAAAGUGUGUGGACCUCUCAUUGAUGCCUUGCUGAAUGGCAUCCAGAAACGUUUUGGAGAGAUCAUGAAAGAACCUGAGCUGAUUGCUGCAGCUAUACUCCUACCAAAAUUCAGGACAUCCUGGACCACUGAGGAUAGCAUCUUAAAAGCUGGCCUCAACUACAUCAAAAAUCAUCUGGACACUGACUUGGAGUUGGAUGAUGAGGCCUGCACAAACAGCAGCCAGUCUGAUGAGGAUGACUUCUUCGCAUCCAUGAGGGCAGGAAGAUCAGAAACGGGAGAGCUGGAGAGGUACCUCUCAUGUCCGUCCACUGGAGGUAUGGAUCUAUUGCAUUCCUUUCCUCAAAUCAAGAAACUGUCGCUCAAAGUCAACACAAGUCUUCCAGCGUCUGCAGCCUGUGAGAGACUUUUUAGUCAUGCAGGACUCCUGUUCACUGCUAAAAGAUCCCAGCUUCACUGCAAGAACCUUGAGAACCAACUGUUGUUGAAGCUUAACAGUCACUUCACUGAGUGAUUCUUUGGGACAGAAUAUGCAAAAACACACAUUUUCACAAGUGCAUACAUACGCACACACACGCACACAUGUACGCACACACACACGCACACAUGCACGCACACACACACACACACAC